UAGAAAAUGGACGACUUCGAAGGUGUGAUCGAUUUGCUGGAGUGUCCGUACGAUGCCGCGCACAAGCUGCUUGCCCACACGAUGGCCCGGCACGUUAGCCGCUGCCGGCGGGCGUACGGUGUGCUCAAGAUCGUGCCGUGCCCCUUCAACCCGGACCACCAGGUGCCGGAGCGAGAGAUGACCCUGCACAAGCUGGAGUGCGAAGAUCGGGAAGCGUUCGAGCAGUACAAGUUCUGCUUCACAUCCCUCAUCUCGCCGACCAAGGUGUCGGUGCGAGCUGCCUCACCACCACCGCCGGUACCGUGUCGGGCAAAGGAUACGGCCGAUGUGGUCGAACACUCGCCCCGGAGAACGAUGUCCACGCGGCGGCGAACGCUGUGCGGAGCUCCAGUGUCAUCGCCGGUCCUAACGCCUACGAGCGGGGUGGCGGAUCAUUCGUUCAGCCGGGUGUACGAUUUGAGGACUUCGUGCCGUGUGGGACGAAAGGAUCACCACAGUCCCAGCUCAUCGCCGACGGUGGCGAAGUGUCGGCCGCCGGUUGCAACGGUCGUGCCGGUCAUGAAAGCGCCCGAGCUGCCGGCACUAAUGCGCACGCCCAAGCACGAGAAGGAAAACCAGAUCCACAAAACGCCCAACCUGCGCAAGUUCCGCACACCGAUGAAGAUCUCGGAGCGCAAGCUAAGCAUCGAGGACUUUCGGCAGCGAUGGAAGCAGGUGCACAACGAGCGGCGGGCCCAGUCACGCAGCCGGGAUCGAAGUGCCAGGCGGAGCUGCUAUCACUAAUGCGAAUGAGAGCCAUAUUUUUUUUUAAUGCCCUAACCCCUAGCUAUCCGUAUGAAUAAAAAGACCAAUGAAGCAUGUUCGUUCCUUCCUAAACUCAACGCAAUGCAAUGCUCUUAUUUUAUAUGCAUGAAUCACGAUUGACAUAUACGCACGCGCCCCGAUGAUGGAUGAUCAUGAGCUAACGUAAUACAUUUUAAUCGCCACAACUUAAUUUCUAUGAAUUACCGUUUAAAGCUGGCUUCACGGUCGGCAAUUAUGUUGUCAUCGUUGGACGGGCUGGAAGACCGGCUUCUCUUAUCAUCCAGCUUAACUUUCCUUUUUAUUUUUUUUCGAUGACCAUCAUCUUCUCCUCGCAACUGGAUCUCGCGAAAGAAAGUACCUCCCGAUAAUGAGUGGCCGAGGAUCACUAUUGAUGAGCGUGUGCUUGCACCAGGCAUUCCUUUGGAAGGCGGUAGCAAUGC